UACUCCUUUGCUCUGUUAUUCCUUCCUUCUCGCCGUAAGUGGCGCCUCCUCCCUUUUACUUUUUUGUUCGGUCUACCCUCUCCAGCUCUCUCUCCCAAUAUGUAUUGGAUCUAGGCUGAUCCCUCUCGCGUCAAACCACAUGAUCCCAUAAAACAUUCAUCACCUCUCCGCUCAAGAUCCAACCCCCAUAAAGCAUUCAUCUCUGCUUUUACUGUCAGAGCUUUCCCAAGUUUAAUCACAGAGACUUAACAAAAACAAAUCCUCAUUUGGUUUCCUUCUCUCCACUGGAUCUUUUUACUGUGCUUGCUGUACAAAGCACUGUCACCCCUCAAUCUGCUGGAGCUACAAUUGCGGACUUUGGAUCAGGCAAGGUUAACCCUUUAAAUGUAAAAUUCCGGGCUGGAUCGCGAUUUGUAGCACUUUUUUUUUUCAGGCACAGGAUACUUUGGAUGCUGCGCGCAGAGCUGGGACUGAUCACCUGCCCCGAUGUCUGAGCGGGGUCCAAGAGGGAGAGCUCUCUCUCCACACCUUACCUAUCUGCUUAUCUCGGGCUAAAGUUUCUGUUUGCAGAAGGGGGUCACCAGAUUUUGGAGGAUAUUACUGAUUCAUCGGAGACAAGCCUUGCCAUUUAAAGACGUGCCUUUUCCAAAACAAUAAGGGUUCUAAAAUGAAGACAACAAUUACCGGAGGAAGCAAGUUACUAUUCCUGGUCCUUUGCUUGAAUGUCAGACAUGAAGUGAAAUCUUGUCCAGAUGUCUGUGGAUGCUACAGUGAGCCCAGGACUACAGUCAGCUGUCAACAGCUAGGACUUGCUGCAAUUCCAUCAGGCAUACCCAUAAGAAGCCAAAGGAUUUUUCUUCAAAACAACAAGAUCACAUUUGUGAAAUCCACAAGUUUUAGCAAUUGCCAUAAUCUAACAGUCCUGUGGCUUCAUUCCAAUAACAUCAGCAUAAUUGAGCCUGGAGCAUUCUAUGGAUUAGAAAGACUUGAAGAGUUAGACCUUAGUGACAAUGCCAACUUGAAAUCAAUAAGUUCCAGUACAUUCAGAGGUCUAACACGUCUACAUACUUUGCACCUCCACAAGUGUAGUCUCUCUGAUCUAAUAAUUGGGACUUUCCAUGGGCUAUUUUCUUUACAAUACUUGUAUCUUCAGGAUAAUAAAAUAGACAACUUGAGUGAUGAUCUCUUCAUUGAAUUAGCGAAUCUUACCUACCUGUUUUUAUAUGGUAACAAGUUAAAAAUGGUGUCAGAGAAUGUCUUCCGAGGAUUGGUUAGUCUGGAUAGGUUACUGUUACAUCAAAAUAAAAUUAAUCAGAUUCACCCAAGGGCAUUCCGUGACCUAGGCAAAUUGGUUACUUUGUACCUUUUCAACAACAACCUAACAGUGCUUACUGGAGAGAUAAUGUCACACUUGGUAUCACUUCAAUAUCUGCGUCUUAACGGUAACCAGUGGAUUUGUGAUUGUCGAGCUAGAUCACUUUGGGAAUGGUUUAAAAAUUUUAGGGGCUCUAGCUCAGAGUUGGAAUGCCAUGCACCUGCUGCCCUCUUUGGAAGAGACCUCAAGAGGCUUCAAAUCAGUGAUCUCAAUGGAUGCCUUGAUGCUUCCAAUCAGAUACGAACAAGCAUCUUCAGCACUAAGACCAAAUCUGGCAAAGUGCCAACUGCUGAAGCUCCACUAAUGGCCAAGAAUGGUUCUCAAAGAUGCUGUCAUUCAGAAACUGAUAAAUCCUCAAUGAUUUAUGACACCAAAGUUAAGUCAGACCCCUCGUCUUACAACAGCAGAAUCUCACCCAAUAAUCCUCUAAAGGCAAAGGGGAAUAUUUCAAAAAUAAAAUACUCAGAGAAUGACCCCUCAAAAAAUGGGACAGUCAAGCAGAGGUUAAAUGAUGCACCAGUUGGGACUUUCUCUAAUAAUGAAGACCAGUCAUUAUCCAAGUUAAAAACGGAAUUCACUGAGAAUUUUGAGCACUCAACACCUCCUUCCAGAAAGAAAACAAAGUGUCUCAAAAAAACAAAGUCUAACUCACAGUGCCGUCUUAGCCAACAAGGAAACAGCUCAGCAGUGCAGCACAACAUAGGUCUUAUGUUCUCUUUGUUGUGGUUGUCAUUGACAUUCAGCUAAAGUAAACGACUUUCUUCAGUAAGACAAUUUGGUGAAAGACCUUAGCUGUCAUUCUUCAUACUACAUGUGUAAAGAGAGGUCACCUAAAGGAUACACUAAGAAAACUUUUUUUUAAAUGCCUUUACAAAUAACUGAACAAUGGUGUUCAUAUUUGUGCCCAACUUCUUGGUUAGACCUCUUGUUCACUGAACUGCACUUAUGCCCCUAAAAGCUUUUGCUACAAAGAUGGUAAAUUCUGAUAUACAAAGAAAAAAUAAACAAAGGAAAUAAC